AUGAAAGUCACCAAAAACACAAUUUUUUGUUUGUGCUUGUGUUCUGGCAUUAUUAUAAUUAUCCUCAUCCUAAUAACGCUAUUUUCGGGAUUUCGGUUUGAAUAUAAAAAGUUUAAACAGUUUAUACUGACAUUGGUUGCUACGCUGUUCAUACGUUACAUAUUUUUGGAACACAUCGCAUUCGUUAUACAAGCCGUAAUUUUAACGCUGAAAGGAAAACAGGAUGACUUUGUUCAACAGUCCCAGGAAGUAGAAGUUGAACGAGAAAAUAACGAUAAUGUUUUCAAUCCAAUGAUAUUUUUAAAAUUACGUUUAAAGAGCUUAAAAUCUGAAUUGAACUUACCACAACGUCAUAAAGAUGAAAGUCUAAAUUUGGAAUACAAACAGUUGACUGAGGAACUGUGGCUGUUUGGCAAAUAUUUCUUUUUACUUUUGCUUUUAAUAGUUUACUCUCGUAAUUCGAAUGGUUAUUACAAUACAGCCACAAUGCGCCGGAUAUUAAAUGAGAGUUAUUUUUCCAACUACAAGAUGGAUAAGGUGGUGACCAUAAAUGAUUUAUAUUAUUGGAUAAAUGACAGCUUAACAGCGGCUCUAAAUGAGGGAUAUGAUUAUGAUGGCAGAGCUAUUGAUGAACCUGGUUGGGUACAUUUCCAUCUGGCCAAAUUGUUGGGUGUAGUGCGGCUGCAACAAGUCAGACAUGCCAAGAAGGAGCAAAUCAUGACCUAUCUGCAUUUUGACGAUCAAGACUAUUUGCCAAGAUGGGAGAAGUUAAAUCGUUCCCUGCCCUAUAUGGACAAAUAUUGGCGUAUUUAUUAUCCCUGGUUGUCGAAACAUUAUGAAGGAGUCUCCAGUUGGUUAAUGGCCUUCAGAAAUAUGGCUUCACUUUAUAGCUAUACCGAAAAUAAGGGUUACGAGGCUGUUUUGGCUCGUGAUCGUAGAAAUAGUGGCAAAAUUUUAAAUUUUCUUAAAGAUCACAAUUGGUUGGAUGGCCAAACUGCAGCAGUUUUCAUAGAUUUCACUCUAUACAAUGCGGACUCCAAUAUGUUUACCAUCUGUUCCAUACUAGUGGAGCAGACGCCCUUCGGCAAUUUGGUUUGGCAAAUAAAUGUGCAUUCUGCGGAGCUGUUGUGGAAUAUGAAUGAAAUUUCCAUAUGGUGGUGGUUGCUUAUUAUGAUGUAUACUCUCCAAAUGCUACAGUUUUGCAAAGUAAUGAUUAUACGAACGUGGUUUAUGACAGGAUUUUUUAAAUCUGGUUGGAAUUGUAUAGAUUUUGUCAUGGUUCUCCUAAAUAUUUUACUUUUAUUAUUUAUCGUUGUCCGGGAGUAUUAUGUGCUGCAUGUGUUGAAAACAUUUGUUUUUGCGAAAAAACUGGAGUAUGUGGAUUUUCAUGUGGCCUGUGUAUUCGAUUAUAUGGCUACGGUUAUAUUGGGAUUUCUAAUAUGUCUGGCUUCAAUACGUAUUUGGAAAAUUUUACAAUUUUCAAGUAUUUUUCGUAUAUUUAAUCGUACACUCUAUACCUCAACUGUUCCACUUCUUUCCACCAUACUGGUCAUUCACAUAUUACUAAGUGCCAUUGGUUUCUCGGCCCAAAUAUUAAAUGGCAGUCAUACGGAAAAUUUUUCGAGUUAUCUUAAAAGUGUUACAUCCAUAAUGAGUUUUUCCUUUGGUUUUAAUUCGCGCACCAGUCCCAAUGAUUUGAGUCAUGGUGGUGGAGUUUUGGGUUUUAUUCUAUAUCUUGUUCUAAUGUUUGUGGUCGCCAUAUUCCUCAUUAACAUGUUUAUAACUCUAAUCUGCGAUCAUUUUGCCAAUGCUCGUGAGGAAAGAGAUCAAGAAUCCCUUGACAAAUUAACCUAUUGGCAAUUUUUAAUGGUGGAAUAUUCUUUUAUAAAAGAAUAUUUUAGAAAACUUUUCCCUAGAUUUCAGGAGAGGAAAAAUCGCACAAUGAGUUCAGAUAUUAACGAGAGCAUAGAUGAAUUGGACAAUAAAAUGCAAGAUCAACUAUUAAAUGAAAAUUCCAGAUUGCAUGAUAUUACAGAAGAUCAGAUAUUUGAUAGGGAAAUACGAAGAGCUGAUCGUAUUCAGAAUGUAGCUGCUAUUUUGAACUUACAAAUGGAGAUUUUAAAUCGCCUUAUUAUGGUUAAGUCUCUGGAGUGGGAUUCAGACAGUGGUGAAUCGGAUCAAUGA